AUGAGCCCUAAAAAGUUUCAUGAUGAUGAUGAUCAUAAACAACCGACUACAAAAAGUGGAGUAGUGAUCAAUGGUCCACGACCAACACCCUUAAAGCUCAAACAAGGAUCGCACACGAUUCACAAACAACAAUUCCAAAAGCAGAUCAGACCACCGAUCAUAAUAUACACUCAUUCUCCAGAAGUAAUCCACACCAAACCUCAUGAAUUCAUGGCUCUUGUUCAAAAGCUCACUGGGGCAUCCAAAGAUCACCAACAACAAGAGAUCAAGAAAAGACUACUAAAGCAAGUAGAUCAUGAGUAUAAUAAUCGAAAUGAUCAUAAGGAAGUUUGUAAUAAUGAUUCUACUACUAGUGUCACGCAUGAUGAAAAAUUGGAUAAGAUGAUGAGAUUAGCCAAUACGUCUCCCAUGUUUAACCCGCCUUCAAAUCCUAGCGUCAAUGACAUCCCGCUUUUUACACCAAAUGCGAACGAUUACUUUUGUUCACCUCAUCGACGUUUCUAUGGAUUCUCUGAUCAUAUGGUAUCGUCGUCUCCAAACUUGAAUGCUUCAUUAAUAUCGCCAUCUGGUGGUUCUAUGCUUGAAAUCUUUAAAGGGCUUCCUGAAUAUUGA